UCGUCGGAGCUGAGACUGGAGCUUGCCAUCUAGUCAAAGCUUGUCGUCGAUGCGUUCAGCGAAAUGGAGAAGAAUGCAAACCCUCAUCGAGACGCAGGAGGAAGUGUCCUGUGCACCGCUAUCCCCGCAGAACCCGCGGAUAUCAAAACAGUGGGCGGAAUGAAAGAUGCCUGCGAGAGGAGAGAUACUCUGAGUACUAGUGCAAGUGCUAGCGGUGCUAAUGCUACACCCUGUACACAGACAUCAGAUGCUGCUGAGACAGUAAGCAAAAGCGGACAACCGAACGCUUUACCAGAGACACUGUCGCCCGAUGCAGCGGAUCAGCUGAGCAACGGGCUGGGAUACGAACCGUCGAUGACCGCUGCUGGGAACAAGGAGGGUGGCACCUCAAAGUUAGUAAACAACCUCACGGGAGAGCAACCCGACGCCAGUAAUGUGCAGGCGGACGGUUUGGAUGGAGGUACGCAAGAAGCGACGAAGCUGGCCAAGUCGGCUUAUUUGUGUUCGGACAAAGCAAAAUCUGCUGACUCGAAUUCAAACGAUAACACCGUUUCCGAGGGUCCUCCGAGUGGUAGUGAGCCCAGCAUCGCAGGAGAGUCCCGCAGCUUUGAUUCACUAGAGUCCUUCUCCAAUCUGAACUCCUGCCCGAGUUCAGACCUCAACAGCGAAGGGCUGGAGGACAAGGGACUGGCUUUGGCCAGUCAGAGUGAAUACGGGGCUGAUGGAACGAAAAUCCCCUGUCCUAAAGACAGGGUGACCGGUCAGUCGGUGUACCACAUCAAGUGGAUAAAGUGGAAGGAGGAGAACACGCCUAUCAUCACACAGAACGAGAACGGGCCGUGUCCGCUGCUAGCUAUUAUGAAUGUCCUGCUAUUGUCAUGGAAGGUAAAUAAGAUGAGAGUCUGCUCGUUUGACAGCUCACAAUACCACCCAAGUUAUAGAUGUGCAAAUGCUGUGUUUUGCCCGGUGCUCCAAUUGUCCUUUGAAACGUUUUAUUGUAAUUGUGUUUGUCUACAUAGUAAGCGCACUAGUCACGAGACAUCAGUUGUCACUGCCAUUAAAUAAAGGCAUUGAUCGUUUAUUAAAAAGUUUCACAGAAAGACAUGAUCAUCACUUUUGAGAUAUUUGAUUAAAAUGUACAC